GACUCGUUCGCCUCGGAGCUGGGCACCGAGUUCCACGUGAGGCUGGAGGCGCCGCAUGUGGUGGACAUGGGCCGCCAGGUGUGGGCUGGCGUGGUGACCCGUGGGCCGGGCGGCUCCUCCCUGAGUGCCACCUUCAAAGAGAGCGCCACCUUCCGCUUCCAAGACGAUGCGGGGGAGGCGGUGCUGCGAUACUGCCAGGUCAUCCCCGAUGGUGUGCUGCUGUUCAUGCCCAGCUACGGCUUGCUGGACAAGCUGAUGACGCGAUGGAAGUCCACGGGUCUGUGGUCUCGUCUGGAGGGCGUCAAGACGGUGGUGGUGGAGGGGCGCGAGGCGGGCAAGGGUUUCGAGGACGCCAUGGCGCGCUACUAUGCGGCAGUGCGCAGCGGCAAGGGAGGGUUGUUCCUGGCGGUGUGCAGAGGGAAGGCAUCUGAGGGUAUUGAUUUUGCUAACGAGCACGCCCGCGGUGUCAUUCUGCUGGGCAUCCCCUUCCCAGCGGUCAAGGACACAAAGGUGCGGCUGAAGAAGGAGUACAACGACGCGGGCAGCGGCCCCGCCAGCGGCCGCCCGCCCUCGCAGCGGCUGCUCAGCGGGGAUGCGUGGUACAGCCAGCAGGCCUUCCGCGCUCUCAACCAGGCGGUGGGUCGCUGCAUUCGUCACAAGUACGACUGGGGCGCCAUCAUCCUGCUGGACGAGCGCUUCCGGGGUCCGGGGCGGCAGCAGCAGCUGUCCAGAUGGGUGCGAGCGGCGGUCAAGGUCCACGAGGACUUCGACUCCAGCGUCUCCGAGCUCGCCACCUUCUGCAAGACCCUCACAGCCGACCCGCCACGAGCCCCACCUCCGCCUCCGCCUCAACCGCAACCGCCACCGCCAACCGCAGCAGCAGCAGCCGCUGCCGCCGCUGCCAAGCAAUCCAAGGAGGCAGCAGCUGGCGGUUGCGGCGAGAAGAAAGCAACACCCUUUGCUGCUGCUCUUGCCGCUGCAGCCACCGACGAAUGGUCACCGCUGGUCACAACAGCCGGCACGGGUGCGACCAGCGGUGCUGCGGCUUGGUCGCGAGCAGCGAGGCCGGGGAGAGCAGUUGGGGGCAACAAGAAAGGCGCGAUGGACUUGCAGUACGAGGAGGACGUGGUGGAGCCGGCGCCCGCUUUGCGUGGCGCAACACCGGCGCAACAACACCAGCAGGACCUGAAAGGAGC